AAACAAAACGUGGCUCCGAAGCCUCAAACAAAUCCCAGACUCUGAGAAAUGAUAGAGAUGAAAGUAUCACCUCUCUAAGAUCCAUUCCAAUCCAAACCAAACAAACAGGAGGAGGAGGAGGACCAAGACUCUCUCUCUCUCACUGAUGAGCCAAUGGCGCAACAGCAGCUAACCAAGUGCAGCACCUGGCCCACCGCUCCCAAUCUCCGUCUUCCCCGCCAAAACCCCCAGCGCUUUGCCUUUCCCAAUGCCGGGCACCGGAAUCCCAAUCAGAAGAGUUUGAAUUGGCUGAUGCGAGGGUUUGGCGGUGAUGCUCCGGCGGUGGCGGUGAAGGCGAGUAAUGGCGGGGCAGGGACUGAGCUGUCGGAGACUGCGGUGGUGGUCGACAGGCCGAAACUGCAUCGUUUUCAGGUGUCCGAUGGGUAUCCGAGUCCGUUCGGUGCCACGGCGCGUGAUGGCGGGGUUAACUUCGCCGUCUAUUCCGGCAAUGCGGUUUCCGUCACUCUCUGUUUGAUCGCUCUCUCCGAUUUAGAGGAGGAUAAAGUUUCUGAGCAGAUUCCGCUUGAUCCUUCGACCAACAAGUCCGGAAAUGUGUGGCAUGUACUUCUCAAGGGAGAUUUCAAAGAUACUCUUUAUGGUUACAAAUUUGAUGGGAAGUUUUCGCCCGAAGAGGGACACUACUAUGACUCUUCUAGAGUUGUAUUGGAUCCUUAUGCAAAGGCAGUUAUCCGCAGAGGAGAAUUCCGCAAGCUAGGUCCUGAUGGUAACUGCUGGCCUCAAAUGGCUGGAACGGUACCUUCUUUUGAUGAUCAGUUUGACUGGGAAGGAGAUUUACCACUGAAGUAUCCACAAAAAGACCUUAUCAUAUAUGAAAUGCAUGUACGUGGGUUCACAAGGCAUGAAUCAAGUGCGACUGAGUUUCCCGGUACAUACCUUGGUUUGGUGGACAAGCUUGAUCAUUUAAAGGAGCUCGGGAUCAACUGUUUAGAGUUAAUGCCAUGUCAUGAGUUCAAUGAAUUGGAGUACUUCAGCUACAAUUCUGUCUUGGGUGACUAUAAGGUAAAUUUUUGGGGAUACUCGACUGUCAAUUACUUUUCACCAAUGAUAAGAUAUUCAUCUGCUGGCAUACGUAAUUGUGGCCGUGAUGCAAUAAAUGAAGUCAAGUUUCUUAUUAGAGAAGCACAUAAACGUGGAAUUGAGGUGAUCAUGGACGUCGUCUUCAAUCACACAGCUGAAGGGAAUGAAAAUGGUCCCAUUUUGUCUUUUAGAGGUGCUGAUAAUAGUGUCUAUUACAUGCUUGCGCCUAAGAAUGAAAAACAGCACAAACUGAAGGAAAAAAGAGAGAGACAUAUUUUCCAAGUUUUUCUUAAGGGAAUGAUGUGCACCCUACUGCUUGAUGGAGAGUUCUAUAAUUAUUCGGGAUGUGGUAACACAUUCAAUUGCAACCAUCCUGUUGUGCGCCAGUUUAUUGUAGACUGCUUGAGAUAUUGGGUAACAGAGAUGCAUGUGGAUGGGUUCCGCUUUGAUCUUGCUUCUAUUAUGACUAGGGGUAGCAGUCUCUGGGAUGCAAUUAAUGUAUAUGGGAGUGCAAUAGAAGGUGACUUGUUGACAACGGGAACCCCUCUUGCUACCCCACCAUUGGUUGACAUGAUAAGUAAUGACCCAAUACUUCAUGGAGUGAAGCUUAUAGCUGAAGCAUGGGAUGCAGGAGGCCUGUACCAAGUUGGCAUGUUUCCUCACUGGGGUAAUUGGUCAGAAUGGAAUGGGAAGUAUCGUGACACAGUGCGGCAGUUUAUCAAGGGUACAGAUGGCUUUUCUGGGGCUUUGGCUGAAUGCCUUUGUGGGAGCCCCAACUUAUAUCAGGAAGGGGGGAGGCCAUGGAGUAGUGUCAAUUUUGUUUGUGCACACGAUGGUUUUACUUUAGCUGAUUUAGUAACCUAUAACAACAAACAUAACCUGGCAAAUGGAGAAGACAACAAUGACGGAGAGAGUCAUAAUAAUAGCUGGAACUGUGGACAGGAGGGAGAGUUUGCAAGCAUUUCAGUGAAGAAAUUGAGGAAGCGACAAAUGCGGAAUUUUUUUGUCUGCCUCAUGGUCUCCCAAGGUGUCCCAAUGCUGUGUAUGGGUGAUGAAUAUGGCCAUACAAAGGGAGGAAACAACAACACAUAUUGCCAUGACAAUUAUAUUAAUUACUUUCGAUGGGAUAAGAAAGAAGAGUCCUCAUCAGACUUUUUCAGAUUUUGCUGCCUCAUGACCAAAUUCCGCCAGGAAUGCGAGUCACUUGGGUUAAAUGACUUCCCAACGGCAGAGAGGCUGCAGUGGCAUGGUCAUGCUCCAGGGGUGCCAGACUGGUCUGACACAAGCCGCUUUGUUGCCUUUACUUUGGUGGACUCCGUGAAGAGAGAGCUGUAUAUUGCUUUCAAUGCCAGCCACUUAGCCGUGACCAUUUCUCUGCCAGAGAGGCCUGGAUACAGAUGGGAGCCCUUGGUCGACACCAGCAAGUGCACACCAUUUGACUUCCUUUCUAGUGACAUCCCAGAAAGAGAUACCGCAGUUAAGCAGUAUGCUCACUUUCUCGACGCCAAUUUAUAUCCCAUGCUAAGUUAUUCUUCAAUCAUCCUAUUACUCUCUCCCGUUGAAGAUUCUUAGCUUAAUAAAAGCAUCGGUGCAGAAUCCAUAUGCCUUGCAGAUUUUAUGAUGAGAGCAACUGGUGCAUGUUUAAAUGCUUGUAUUAUCAAGUGGGAGUCUGAAACAAAUUAUAGAAAUGCAGCAAAUAGUAGAGUUUGCAAGUAGUAGAGAUUUAGUGGAAAUAGUUUGGAGAGAUCAUGUUCUGGUUUCUGUGCGACGGCUCAAAUAUGAAGGGAAUGUGUACUGUUUUUACGUUAUUCCUGUCGAAUAUGUUUGCCUUGUGAAUAAAGUUAUCGGAGAAGUUGGU